AUGUCUCUUGUAUCUUCUCUACGUCGAGGUAACCCAAACCCACCAAACACAUAUCCACACGCAACGCCUUCGCUGCUGAAACGGGAGAUAGACAAGAAUAACAACCAGAAGAAGAAACUCCCCCAGCAGCAGACGAAGAAGAAGAAACAGAAAAAGGAGAAGAAAAAGACGAAGAAGAAAAAGAAGAAGAAAAAGAAGAAGAAGAAGAAGAAGAAGAAGAAGAAGAAGAAAAAGAAGAAGAGGAAAAAGAAGAAGAGGAAAAAGAGGGAGAAGAAGAAGGAGAAGAAGAAGAAGAAGAAGAAGAAGAGGGAGAAGGAGAAGAAGAAGAAGAGGGAGAAGAAGGAGGAGAGACGCCGUCUGGGUCUAGGCCGCAAACAAAGAACUCCAGCGAUCGAUCCCCCCAUUUGA